UUCAGUUCAAUCGGCGACGUAGAUAUAAUCAACGGAAAAAAAUUAUUCUAAAAUGGAAUAUCCAUUGGAAAUUAGGGAUGUGGAACCAGAAACGAAUAAAGCAAUGAUGAAACUUUUUAUAGGAGAACUAGGCGGUUUCAUUCGUGUAGGACCUAAGGGAUAUGUUCUCACUCAAGGGUUCAGAGAUAUGGCAGCAGAGAUCUACAAUAUGGAAGUCCGACCAAGUGAUGUGUAUGUUGUUACCUAUGCAAGAUCAGGAACCACGUGGACUCAAGAGUUAGUGUGGUUGGUUGCUAAUAACUUGGAUUACGAAACGGCAAAAUCGGUUUUGCUAACAGACAGAUUCCCAUUUAUAGAGAGCACUAUGAUGUUUCACCCAAAGCUUGUAGCUGAACUUGAAGAAAAUCUCAAAAGCGACGAGGUAAAACUGAAGCAAUUGAGUGCAUUUUCUCAAUCCAUUGUACGGAAAGUGGCGAGUACACCUUCCCCAAGGUUCAUUAAGACUCAUCUACCACUGUCGCUGCUGUCACCGAAAGUGUUGGAUGCAAAAGUGGUGUACGUAGCAAGAGACCCACGCGAUGCAGCCGUUUCCUUCUAUUAUUUAUGCCGGUCCUCAAGAAAUAUGGGCUUUGAUGGAGACUUCAAAACAUUUUGGCAUUACUUUACUAAUGACUUACAUUAUUGGACGCCAUUCUUCGAACAUCUAAAAGAAGCAUGGGAGAAACGGCAUGAUCCAAAUUUGUUGUUUUUGUUCUAUGAAGACUUAAAGAAGGAUCUCAGUCACGAAGUGCGCAAAGUGUGCAAGUUUUUGGAUAAACAAUACACGGACGACCAAAUAGCAGUUCUGUGUGACCAUCUCGAUAUUAAGAACUUCAAGUACAAUACAUCUGUGAACAAUAACAUUAUGAAGGAACUCGGUUUGAUGUAUCCCAAAGACGAGUUUAUAAGAAAAGGCAAGUCAGGCGGUUGGCGCGAUUACUUUGACGAGGAGAUGAUAGCACAAGCAGACAAGUGGAUGAAAGAAAAUCUUCGCGAUACUGAUCUACGUUUUCCGCAUUUGCAGUAG